AUGGUUGUCUUGAUGCAAACUUUAUCUGGAGCAGCCCUUUUCAAAUUCGCUAAGACGUCAAACAUUGCAACAAAACUACUUAAUUAUAGUGAUAUUAAGCUUGAUAGCGGAAGGGUCGAUAUUGGAACCGCUGUCAUUCCGCAUUAGCCUGUGCUAGGAGGACGAUUAACCUUGGUGCACCGUUUCUAUGGAGAUGGAACUCGUUUUUGGACGCUAGCCUGCUGUCAACAGUAAAGAGGUGUUAUUAGCUUGAUAGCUACUGCUCACUGUAGUAAAUUAGUGAAAUGGAUUCGGAGUAUCUUAAAACCAGCCUUGGGAAGUGUCUGGUGGAGGGACUAGCUGAAAUAGCCGAGCAGCGUCCCAUGGACCCCAUCGAAUUCCUGGCUCAGUGGAUUCACAAAUACAAAAGCAAUAUGGACUACCAAGAGAAGAGAAAGGCACACCAGAAGCAGCUGGAACAGGAGCGACAGCAAGCAGAGGCAGAAGCUGGACAGCAGCAGCGGAUGCAGGAGGAGGCAGACCAGAUCAGAGCUUCACAAGAGCAGCUGGAGCCAGUGGAACGUGUACCGACCCCUGAGAAGACAUUAUUGGAGAGGUCAAUGAAGUUUGGCCCUCCAAAGCUUGCCACUGUGCAGGAAGCAGGGGAUGGGCAGGUACCACAGGCCGAGGGUACAGAGGCCAGUGCUGUUACAGGAAGUGCAACCGCAGAGGACCUGCCUGGAGAGGAGACUGCUGGCAAUGAGAAGAGGGACAAUGCUGAAGACACCCAUAAAGAUGUGUUGGAGAAUCACACUGACAAGGAGGUGACCGAGGGCAAAGGCACCCCAGGACCCACAGCACCCCCUCCAGCAGAGGCAGCGGGGGUCCCAGGUGGGGACAGUGUGUCCCCUCAGGGGGGCACUUCCCAGGUUGAAGCAGAGGAGUCACCUGGGGAGAAACCCGAGCCUCCAGGAGAGCAGGCGGAAGCAAAGUCUCUCCUCCAGGACUCUGUUGAACCUCAAAGAAGUGAUUCAGCUCAGCUCCCAAACACAGAGCCCAGCACAGAACCAGGGACUGACUCUACUCAACCCAUAAACACAGAACCAGGGAGUGACUCUACUCAACCCAUAAACACAGGACCAGCGAGUGAAUCUAGUCAGGCCACAGAUCCAGAACCUGCAAACGACUCUACUCCAGUCACAAAUACAGAGCCAAGCACAGAACAACUGAGUGACUCUAAGCCUACAGAUUCAGCUACGGAAUUAGAGAGUGAAUCUCCCAAAGCAGACAAAGGAGAUCCAGAUGAUGAAGAGACUGCUGAAACUCCCCUGAAGGAAAGUAACCAGGAUGAAGAAAAGGAAACCGAUAAACCUGAGGGAAGCGAGUCCACUCUGAUCACACACACAGAGCCAGUGGUGGGGACUGAAAGUAACUCUCCCAAACCGGGUGAGGGUCAUCCGGAAGAGGAGCAGGGGGACAAGACCCCACUGAAGGAAGGAGAAACCCCACCUACUGAUGACCCGGAGGAUGGAAAAGCAACCGUUUGAGUUCAUAUCCAUGGUGAAUUCAGUGAUGAAUGGUGUUCAGGAGUGACGUGUAUGAAGCCACCAUGGAUGCGUCAUGUGACAGAAGCAGCCUCAGCUCCAGGACAGCCAUUCAGCCAGUCUCACUCUGGAUAUCACCCACAACCUUCAUCCUGUCUACUUGUAAUCUUAUUGUGAUCAAAAUUAUUGCUGUAUCUUUAUUUUAAUACAGGAAUGUCUGUUGAUGUUUUAUGGUGAUUGCUCCUUUUAGAUAUACUGUACCCGCUACUGUAUAGUAUGUAUAGUGAUUAAUAAUUCCUUCAAAAGUUGCUUGAAGAAAAAAUGUCUUGUAAAACUAA